AUGGCUGGUCGGGGUAGGCCUGCAGCUCCACGGCGAUCGGUGCGCAGUCAAAAGAAGAAUCAAACUACCCUCCAGUUCUCUCCUCUACCCUCGUCCUCACCGGCAAAGGCGAACUACAGUCAUGCUAUUCAAGAUCGGUUGGCCAGUGUAAGAUACCGGGGAUCAAGAGGAUUGUCCAUAGGAAGCUCCGGAAAUGCUGACGAGGACGUUGCGACGCUUCCUACUCCCGAACCAUCUUCGCAGCAUGAAACCAUGCGGCAUGCCCGGGAACCACAUAAUACACCAGAUUCUAUACCCUCGUCUCCACUCGUACGAUCAGUAGCAGUGCCGCAAGAUGAGGAAUCCGAGGACGAUGAUGUUGUAGUGUCUGCGAAGAAGAGACGGAAAAUCCUCGCUGACACUCCUGCCACUGAUCUGCAUAGUUCUCCUCCGCUGAGACGGUCAUCAAGGUUCAAUAUUACAAGUUCAUCUCCGAUACGAGAUGUUGGUGUAGUCAGCUCACUGCGGAACCGGCGCUCUGGGGGAUUCAGCCACAGAUCAUCGUCUCCGCCGUCAAGGUCACUGCGGUUCGAUAGUAGCCACUCCGGUGAUCUUUCUACGCCAGUUCGUCGGCUGUCGACAAAGCUGUCAGAUCUUGGCUCAGCUGAGACCACCGACGACGAUGACCUUGUCAUGAUCUCAAAACCAACACAAAGAAGACGACGAAAGCCCCAACCAGAGGCAAAGGACCCGUUCGUCGUGAAUGACGACGAAGUCCAAUAUGAGUCGGCGUCACCGGGCCCCACACGAACCGGGCGGAAGACACAGAGGAGGAAAGCAGAUGAUUUCAUCGCAGAUGACAAUAGUAUUGAGUAUAUCUCCUCGGACAGCGACGCGAACGAGCCUAAACACAAGCCGAUCGUCUCAAGGUCCUCUGUCAAACACAGCUCACGACGAACUCGGGAGGAACAGGAAGAGCUAGAGGAAGAUCUACAUGACCUACAAGACUCCGACGAUGGUGAAAUCGUCGUCACCUCCCGCACACGCGGCGGGCCUGUAAGCACAGAACGCGACAAAACAAGAGAACAUUUUGAACUUUUGAGACGUCGACGGGCUGGCGAGAAGGUGCCCCGAAUUGUAGAUUCUGACGAUGAUAAUGAUGAGGAGGAGGUAUCUGAAGAAAUGGUCGACCUCCGGCUUAUUGGACAACCCGCAGCCUACAACACCGAACAAGGAUCUGCACAUUCCUCUGUUGACACUGACCAAGAAUCGAUAGUUGAACAAGUCGAGGACGAAGACGACUUCAUUGAAGAUGAUUCAACUGGACGCCUGGGCCGACCCCAUCCAGACAUUCCCCUCCAGUUUACAUCGUUCGCGUCCGCAAAACCACGAGAACUAUUUCCUCAUAUCAUCGAAUGGCUUGUCAAGAACAAGAUUGCACCAGCGUUCUCUCGCGACGAUGAAUUGUACACUUUGGCAUUCUCUCGCGUCGAUGACCAGGUCAAAGCCCAAGCCGGAAGUCGGCUGAUCUCUGCUGCCUGGGGCACUGACUUCAAGAACACCAUCCUAGCAAGACCUAUGAUGAAGGUUGUCGCACUACCAGGCUUGGACGAAGACAACAUUCGCACCUGCGAUGCGUGUAAUCGAGUCAACCACCCUGCUCGCUACGAGUUCAAGUUCUCGGGCGAGCCAUACUAUCAGAAGACUUUGGAGCCCGUCGAACUGUCUGAUGACGAAGACGGCCAGGACCGGGACGACGGCGUCACGUACGAUGAGCAAGGCCACCUACUGCCCUCUGAACAGCGACGUUUCUAUCUCGGAAGGUUCUGCGCGGCGAAUGCAGAGAUGGGUCACAAACUGACACACUGGAAGUAUCAUCUCAACGAAUCGCUCAUGGCGUAUCUCGAGGAGCAGGGCGUUUUGUCAGCCGACGCCAUUGUCGCGAGAGACAAGAUGAACAAGAAGAAACGCGAGAAACAAGCCGAGGGUAUCGUGGACUCAAUGCAGGAAACCGGCGUCAUUGCCGAUCUCUGGGCGGAUUUCGAAAACGACCUCAACGAUGCAAGACUGGGCAUGGAGGACUUUGACAAAAAGGGCGGUCGGUCCAAGGGUCGUGUUGGAGCUAUCAGAGCCAGAGCACACGGGACGAUUAGAGAGUGGUCUGGAGACAAGUACCGGGUCAUGAGAGCUCUCGAGUCAGAUUCCGAAGGCGAUUAG